UCAUCAAGCAGUCCACUUCCUGCACGAAUACUUUAGCUCAGGAAGGAGAAAUAAUGGCGACGCUUCUGGGGUACGAGUCCCCUUGUACUGGAAGCAAACGGCGAAAUUGUAACACAAAUAUUAUCACAAGGUUCACGUCCAGUAAAAUUACUGGCCAGGGUUUCAGUCGAGGGACACAGCUCCCAGCAGGCCUGCUCCAGGAGAGGGAUAAACGGGCCAAGUGGCAUGGCAUCCCAACUCUGCUUCAGAAGCUCUAUGAGAACAGUCAUCCCAAUAGUGACCUCUCCGAUGCCCACACUUUUCUUAAGGUCUUAUCGUCCCACCUCUCCAUGGAGGCAGUGUCUUUUGUCACGGAGGACAGGAAGACCGCUCAGGAAUCCACCUUCCCCAACACAUACACCUUUGAUCUCUUUGGUGGAGUUGAUCUGCUUGUGGAGAUUUUGAUGAGACCCACACUAACUAUGCAGAAGAAAAAACCCAAAAUGAAUGAUGACUUGGUCAAGGACUGCCUUAGUAUUCUCUACAACUGUUGUAUAUGUACGGAGAGGGUCACAAAGAGCCUUGCAGCAAGGGAUGACUUUGUUCUCUUUCUUUUCACCCUGAUGACAAACAAGAAGACCUUCCUACAGACAGCUACCCUAAUUGAAGAUAUUCUUGGAGUCAAAAAGGAGAUGAUCCAGUUAGAGGGCAUUCCAGACCUGUCAAGUCUGGUCCAAAGCUUUGACCAACAGCAGUUGGCCAACUUCUGCCGCAUCCUGUCUGUCACCAUCUCAGAACCUGAUGUAGGAAAUGAUGACAAGCACACUCUGCUAGCAAAGAAUGCCCAGCAGAAACGCAAAGCCAGCCCCUCGCGGGCAGAAGUCAACCAGGGUAACUUCUCUUCNNNUCCUGGCUUCAUUGAGCGGCUAUGUAAGCUGGCCACUAGAAAGGUGUCGGAGGCCACAGGAGCCAACUUCCUGCAGGAGCUGGAGGACUGGUACACAUGGCUGGACAAUGCUCUAGUGCUUGAUGCCCUCAUGCAGAUGGCUAAUGAGGAGGCCGAGCAAAGCAGUACAGAGUCAUCAGAUGAGAGUUCCUUGGCCACCAGCCCUCUGAGACAACACCUGCCUCAGUCCAUGAAGAUCGUCCAUGAGAUCAUGUAUAAAGUGGAAGUGCUCUAUGUGCUGUGUGUUCUUCUCAUGGGUCGACAGAGGAACCAGGUCCACAAGAUGCUGGCUGAGUUUCGUCUCAUCCCGGGGCUCAAUAACCUGUUUGACAAGCUCAUCUGGAGGAAAUACACAGCUUCAAAUCAUGUGGUGCACGGCCAGAAUGAGAACUGCGACUGUAGUCCAGAAAUAUCCUUCAAAAUCCAGUUCUUGCGGCUACUCCAGAGUUUCAGUGAUCAUCAUGAGAACAAGUACUUGCUGUUGAACAGCCAGGAGCUGAAUGAACUCAGUGCCAUAUCGAUGAAGGCUAACAUCCCUGAGGUAGAGGCUCUGGUCAACACAGACAGAAGUCUUGUUUGUGAUGGGAAGAAGGGCCUCCUCACGCGCCUCCUCACUGUCAUGAAGAGGGAGCCUCCAGAUUCGUCCUUCAGAUUCUGGCAGGCAAGGGCAGUGGAAAGUUUUCUCAGAGGAGCCACCUCCUAUGCAGACCAAAUGUUUCUCCUGAAAAGGGGCCUGCUAGAGCACAUCCUGUUCUGCAUCAUAGAUAGCGGCUGUACAUCACGGGAUGUCCUGCAGAGCUACUUUGACCUACUGGGAGAGCUCAUGAAGUUCAACAUCGAUGCCUUCAAAAGAUUCAACAAAUAUGUAAACACUCCAGAGAAGUUUCAGGCCUUCCUGACACAGAUCAACAGUUCUCUGGUGGACUCGAACAUGCUGGUGCGCUGCAUCGUUCUGUCAUUGGACCGCUUUGAGAGCCAGACUGAAGAUGUCAAAGUGGUGGAGGUACUUUCUGAGUGCUGCCUACUGUCCUACAUGGCCAGAGUAGAGAACAGGUUGUCCUUCCUCUUCCGACUGAUCAACAUCAUCAACGUACAGACUCUUACACAGGAGAAUGUAAGCUGUUUAAACACCAGUUUGGUGAUCUUGAUGCUGGCCAGGAGAAAGGCCAAACUGCCCUUCUACCUCAACGCCCUGCGGGAGAAGGAGUAUGCAGAGAAGUACCCAGGCUGCCUGCUCAACAACUUCCACAGCCUUCUGCGCUUCUGGCAGCGCCACUACCUCAAUAAGGACAAAGAUAGUACGUGUCUGGAGAAUAGCUCCUGUAUCCCCUUCAGCUACUGGAAGGAGACGGUGUCAGUGCUGCUGGGCUCAGACAGGACUUCUCUGUGUGCCAUAGCCAGCUACAUUGACGAGCCCUUCAUGGAUGUGGACAGAGACCUGCUGGAGGACUGACCUCCAGCGUGUGCACUCAGUGUGCUGGGGGUGGGACAGGGCGCAGGGUCACAGGGAGCAUGGACACCUAAAGCUGGUGAUGACUUCGCAGAGCUGAGCCAUCCAGGAGCUUUGUGACUGCAUCCUGGAUGUAAUAGUUCAGCUAUUUGCUGUCUGUACCGUUGCAUGGAGGCCAUCACCUAAGAUGUGUGGGGACGUAAUUUACCCGGAUGUUAUCUAAGUUAUUCCUCUUCUUCAAAGGAAACCUGUAUGCCCACCCCCGAUUGCCCACAUCAUGUCACAGACUAUUAGGGGACCUGGGGAAAUGAUACUUGCUUUGGUUGUUUGCUUUAGGUGAAAUUCAGAUAGAGCCUUUUUAUAUAACCUAUACAUAAUUCUAUGACAAAAUAUGUAUGAUUCAACAAAUUAUAUGUUAGAAAAAAGACACUUUUCACAUGGACUUGGGUUAGAAAUGGCCGCAGUUUACACUGUUGCCCAGAUGUGCAGGUCAGUGGUGCAUCACAGGGCUGCAAGGAGUCAGCAGCCUCACUCUCCCACUACCUAACCCACACUCUGACUUCAUGCCACUCCACUGCCUGACCUGUGGGUGAAACUGGCUAUAUCAGAGAUUUUGCAGGGGUGUUCUCAGUGAACAGAAUUUUCAUUUCACCUGUCUGUAGGCCUGUUUUAUUAAGUGGCUGUUGUUGAUUGGUGCUUUCUGGCUCUACUUGGCACAUCUAGGUAGCUUGUGAGCCAGCUGACGUUUCACAAAAUCACACGGGGUUCCGGUCAGCUGAAACCAUCCACUCUGUUGUGGCUUCAGAAGCUUCUCCCAGGGAGUUGGUGUCUUUACCAGAUUUCCUUGCUGCUUUAUUUUUGUCUUGUUGAAUACAGUGAUUUUUAGCUCUGGAUAAACUGUAGAAUAAAACAUUGCACAGAUUAAAAUUGUUUUUAUUGUUUAUUAUACUUUAACACUUUUGUUUUGUAACAAAAAUUGUAUCCAUGCUAUGACAGAUGCUUUGGGAAGAGAAUAAACUAUGCAGGCACUUGUGUUAACAUACCACUUUAAUUAUUCCACUCCACUAUGGUUUUAUAUGUGUUGCCCUUGAGCCUGGCAUCAUCGUUAUUGGAUUAAAAGUGUACCGCUUUCUCUGGUCUAUCACAAACUACAAGCUGAGAAUGACAAUCUUCUUAUGUGAUGGCUUUUUUUUUUUUUUUUUUUUUGCAUGGCACCAUUUGAUCUUUAGUCUGGAUUGAGAAGGACCAGUGAGCACAGCUGUGCUGAUGGUGUGUCUGUGGCCUGAAUAUGCAGCUGUUUGGAGGACAAAUUAAACAGGCCAAACCUGAGAUCAGUACAAAUGAAUGAGCUACCUCAUUAUUUAUCCUAACGCCAUACAGAUCAAACCAAUUCUAAUGGCAAGUGUACAGCUUUCCUCCCAGCACAUCACGAGUCGUCUCAUGUUCAUUUGAAUGUAUAAGGGCAUUUAAUACAGUUGGCCCCUGAUGCCAUAAGUUACUAGUGCUAUGUUGCCUUGGGAUGCAAACAUCCUUUACACUUUUCAAGCCUUUUAUUUGCUUAAUACCUAAUUGCCAGAAAUGUUUUGGGGCUGUCAUUUCAGCAUGUCUUGAUGGGUGUGCACAUACUUUUGAGUUUGUUCAUCUUUUGUGGUUUGCAGUUAUGUCCAUGAAAGUGAAUUUUACAAGUGCUUCUCUUUCACAAAUGCUGUUUCUUUGCUGCAUGUCUGAGAUAAUUGCGUGGGUCCUUGAUGACAUGAUGCGAGUUCACACAGCAUAGUUCUGCAGUGGUGUUACAUUCUUAUUGACCGUGUGUUUGUCAUUAUCAUUUAUCAUCAGAGUCCCCUCUUAUCACUCCAGUCAUCCACCAUGGAAGUCAGUGAGGCUAUUGCUAUAGAAAUGUGAAUGUUGUCAGUGCUCUUUCAGAGCAACUAUUUAAACAAUCGCCUGACUGCUGUAGCUUUAUGACCUGAAUUUCUGACAGUGAUCCUUCUGUAGGAUGCACAAUAGAACUGAUUCUCAGCUGUUACGACUAUGGUGUGAUGCUCCUAGUAGGCCUUCAUUAAUUAGUUUGUAUAAAAGAUGAACUAUUAUUCUCUUGGCCAGGAACAUUCUGCAUAGAGUUUACUAGAACGCCACUUUUAACAUAUUUUGACUUAACUGUAGACUAACAUUACUACAGUAAUGUUUGGCAUGAUGAGGGUAUCAGACAAUUUACAGCCCAUUCAAAACUCAUACCAUGUGGUGCUUUUUCCAAUGAUACCUCAUCAGUAGACUGCAUCUUUGGAAAUUUUGUUGAAUCAUUAAGUGACUUGGAGUGGAAAAAAUAUUGUAUGAAAUUGGAAUCAUUUCAAAAACUUUUUUUUUGUUAUUUAAACUCCCUCAUGGUUGUGUUAACUCAUCUCUGCAGACUUUGAAACAUGAACUCUGCUCUUUGGUCAAACAGGAUUACAACCAGUUUCACACUCUAUCCCUUAAGCACUUCUGUUUCCAGCAUCACCUUCAUGUUCCUUCUCUAAUGCUAGUAUUAAACGUUUUCCUUAACAGCUGUUUAAUAAUAUAAUAAAUUGUUCUUUAGACCGCC